AUGGCUACAGUUCGAAUUGCUGUCUGUGGAGAUGAGGGUACGGGCAAGUCUAGCUUGAUCACCUCGCUGGUCAAAGGGGUCUUCGUCACCAAUAAGAUUCAGCCCGUCCUGCCUCAGAUCACCAUCCCUCCCACGAUCGGAACUCCCGAAAAUGUAACCACGACGACGGUCGUCGACACCUCAGCUCUGCCGCAAGAGCGAAACAACUUGGCGCGCGAGAUCCGGAAAUCAAACGUAAUUCUAUUGGUGUAUUCCGAUCACUAUAGCUAUGAGCGAGUCGCAUUAUUCUGGCUACCGUAUUUUCGAUCGCUUGGAGUUAAUGUGCCCGUCGUUCUGUGUGCCAACAAGUCAGACCUGGCAGUGGGCCACAAUGAGGCACAAGUCAUUGAGGAGGAAAUGCUACCUUUGAUGUCGGAAUUCAAGGAGAUUGAUUCUUGCAUUCGAACCAGUGCCCGGGAACAUCGCAACGUCAAUGAAGCCUUCUUCGUCUGCCAAAAGGCUGUUACACAUCCUAUCGCGCCGUUAUUUGAUUCCAAGGAGUCCGCCCUGAAGCCUGCAGCGGUGGCAGCACUACAACGCAUUUUCUACUUAAGCGACCAGGAUCGUGAUGGAUAUCUAUCAGACAAGGAAAUUAAGGAUUUUCAAACUCGAUGCUUUGGGAAGCCCUUGAAUGAAGAAGAUCUGGACCAUAUCAAAGAGACUAUUCAAAAGAGCUACCCCGAAUCAGUCACCGAGUGCGGCAUUGAUUGUCCCGGUUUUAUCCACCUGAAUAAGUUGUAUGCGGAGAAGGGACGCCACGAGACGGUUUGGAUUAUCCUGAGAGCAUUCCAAUAUACCGAUAACCUCUCAUUGCAAGAAAAUUUCUUGCAUCCUCGAUUUGAAGUACCGCCCUUUGCUUCUGCUGAACUAUCACCUGAAGGAUACCGUUUCUUUGUCAACUUGUUCCUUCUAUCAGACAAGGACAAUGAUGGAGGUCUCAAUGAUUAUGAACUCGCAUCUUUGUUUGCACCCACCCCGGGUCUGCCCGCAUCCUGGGAUGACGGUUCAUUCCCUUCUUCCACAGUCCGUAAUGAGGCCGGGCAUGUGACCCUUCAGGGCUGGUUAGCCCAAUGGAGCAUGACGACUUUCAUGUCUCCCAAGACUACUUUAGAAUACCUGGCUUACUUGGGAUUUGAAUCCUCAGACCGAAGUAAUCCUUCGAUUACAGCUGCAUUAAAGAUGACAAAACCGCGCAAGCGGCGCCGACGGCCUGGCCGAGUUGGUCGAAAUGUGGUACAGUGUCAUGUCCUGGGACCUCCUGGAUCAGGGAAAUCCGCUUUGCUGGAUGGUCUCCUCUCGCGUGGGUUCAGUACAACAUAUCAUCCCACGAUCCAGCCGCGUACUGCUGUGAACACGGUAGAACUGCCUGGUGGUAAACAAUGCUAUCUCAUAAUGGAUGAGUUAGGCGAGUUGGAGCCCGCGAUUCUUGAGAAUCAGGCGAAAUUACUCGACCAGUGCGAUGUGGUCGCGUAUACAUACGACUCCUCGGACCCGGAUUCAUUUUCUUAUAUCCCCGCGUUACGCGCAAAGUACCCUCAUCUAGAAGAGCUUCCUAGUGUUUUCAUUGCCCUGAAAGCCGACUUGGAUCGGACCACUCAGCGGGCGGAGCACCAACCUCACGAGUACACGGCCAUGUUGAACAUGCCGAGUCCUCCAUUGCAUGUCAGUGUCACUUGGAAUUCCAUUCAAGAAGUCUUUGUGCACAUUGCCGAAGCUGCGAUGGAACCAAGCACAGCAUUCCCUCGUAGUGAAGAGGAUGUCGAAGGCAAAUGGAUGUCGUGGGGUAUUGCGCUUGGGGCAGUGGUCUGUGCCGGUGCGGCCGCAGUAAUGAUAUGGCGCCGCGUCAGCGGUAGUGGUAACUGA